AUGGCAGACUUUCCACCCCCACCAGUCAACACAAUUGGUAUGUCAACUUGUCUACCCGAAUUGCUCAUUCAUUCGGAAACCUCGGAAACGCUUCCGCUAACCAACCUUUCUACAGACUGGAAUAACAUGGGAUUCAAGAUUCGAGAAGUGGCUGGCCAUGUAGAAUCACACUAUUCGAAGGAAACAGGGGAGUGGUCGGCCCCCACGUUCGUAGAGGAUCCUUUCCUGCGGAUUCACGGCAUGGCUCCAGGCCUGAACUACGGUAUGCAGUGCUACGAGGGGUUGAAAGCAUUCCGUGCGCCAGACAACACAAUCAACAUCUUCCGGCCACAGAAGAACGCUGAGCGGAUGCAGCACUCGGCCUCAUUCAUUUCGAUCCCAGAAGUACCUAUAGAUCACUUCCUCGCUUGCUGUAGUCUGGCUGUAGGUAUGAAUGCGGCGUAUGUGCCCCCUCAUGAAACAGGUGGAGCCAUGUACGUUCGCCCCCUGCUCUUUGGUAGUUCCGCGCAGUUGGGCUUGAAUCCGCCCCAGGAGUACACUUUCGUGGUGUAUUGCAUCCCUACCGGCGUUUACCACGGCACAGCACCAGUGGAUGCACUCAUCCUUGAAGAUUUUGACCGUGCCGCGCCCGAAGGCACCGGCUCAGCAAAGGUCGGCGGCAACUACGCACCUGUCCUGAGACACAGCGAGAAGGCCUACAAAGCUGGAUACGGUAUCACAUUACAUCUCGACAGCAAGACUAGGAGUGUCGUCGAUGAAUUCUCCACUUCAGCCUUCAUUGGUGUGAAGAAGGACGGCGAAAAGAUCAAGCUGGUUGCAUCCAGCAGCAAGAAUAUCAUCAAGAGUGUCACGGGAGACAGUGUACUUCAGAUUGCGGAGUCCUUUGGCUGGGAAACCGAGUCCCGAGAGAUUGCCUACGAUGAGCUCAAAUCCUUCGACGAGGUUCUGGCUGCUGGAACAGCGGCUGCCCUUGUCCCUAUAAAGUCAAUUCAUUUGGAAUCCAAGGGUGACAAAUUCCAUUACCCCGCCGCGGCGAAAGAUCCGGGCCCUGUAUGCGCGAAGCUUCUCACAACGCUCAAGGGAAUUCAGCAAGGUAAGAUUGAGGACAAGAAGAAUUGGUUGUUCAAGGUCGAGAAGCCAGAGCAAUUCGGCAAGACACAAGGGAAUGGCGAUGCUAAAACAGUCGGGCAACUGCCAUGA